AUGACGAUCAUCGUCAUGAUGAUUGUGGUGGGAAACCUCCUGGUCCUCAUCGCCAUCGUACGGACGUCUCAGCUCCAGACCAUGACCAACAUCUUCAUCAUGUCCCUGGCGUGCGCUGACCUCAUCAUGGGGGUCAUCGUGGUUCCCCUCGGGGCUACCAUCCUGGUGACGGGACGUUGGCAGCUGAACGACAAAUACUGCCAGCUCUGGACGUCCGUGGACGUCCUGUGCGUGACAGCCAGCAUCGAGACGCUGUGUGUGAUCGCCGUCGACCGCUACAUCGCCAUCACGAAACCGCUCCGGCACAAAGUGCUGCUUAACAAGUGCCGAGCGCGGCUGAUCGUCUGCGCCGUGUGGGUGGUCUCAGCGCUCAUCUCCUUCGUGCCCAUAAUGAGCGAUUACUGGAAGGACGAGGAUCGCGCGGCCACAGACUGUUACAAGGACCCGGACUGCUGCGACUUCAUCACCAACAAGACCUUCGCCAUCAUCUCCUCGGUCGUGUCCUUCUACGUCCCUUUGCUCAUCAUGAUCUUCGUCUACGCCCGGGUCUUCCUCAUCGCCACCCGCCAGGUCCAGCUGAUCGACAAGAGCCGUCAGCGCUUCCAGAACGAGUGCUUGGCCAAUCAGACGCAGCCUCCUCUUUAUGGCAACAACAACCUGCCUUCCACCUGGAGCGGCAACGAUGCCGGCGUCGUCGGGGGAUCCAGCGGUUCCGCGGCGCGGAGGAAAAGCUCCAAACGUCGGCCUUCCAGGCUGACCGUCGUCAAGGAGCACAAGGCUCUGAAGACUCUGGGUAUCAUAAUGGGUAUUUUCACCCUGUGCUGGCUGCCCUUCUUCGUGGCCAACAUCAUAAACGUGUACGACCGGGCGGUUCCGAGCCGGGAGAUCUUCCGCCUGCUCAACUGGCUCGGUUACAUCAACUCCGGUCUGAACCCGAUCAUCUACUGCCGAAGCCCGGAGUUCCGCACCGCCUUCCGGAACCUCAUGCGCUGUCCCUGGAUGCCCUUUCUGAGAAUGAACUCCCUGUACAAGGAGCUCAGGACUCGAUGUCCCUGUUUCCUGGGCUCGGCCGAGACGGGGAUGGUUGGAUCUUUCCAGAAAGCUCCCACGUCGGCCCAAGGGCCCAGGACAGACGGAGAAGGAAGUUUGGGAAGCAGCCAGAGCAGUUACAGGAGUGAGGAACCUUCUCCGGGACCACCCCACUCCAACGGGAGCACACACUUCAGUGACUUUUCAGAACCAGAGACUGAGUGGUGA